AUCGCAUCUCACAUCUAAGCGAUCAAGAACCAUCUUGCAUCUGCUCCAGGCCACAUUGCAAUUUGCAACCGAAACUAGCUGCUGAGAAUUUGCAAUGGCGUCUUGCUAUGCUCUGAGGCUGGCCGCCACCUGCAUGCUGCUCCUGUGCGUCGGAUCAUCGGACCUGCUGGCGCGGCCGGCCCUCGCGUCGUCGCCGCCGCCGCCGUCGCGGGAUGACCAGGAGCAGGCCGCCGUAGCCGGCGAGCUGCUGCUGCGGGAGCUCGUGGAGCACGACGUCGCCGAGGAGCUGGGCCUCCUGGAGGGGCAGCACGGCGACGGCAAUGUGGGCGAUAUCUGCCCGUCGUCGUGCCAGACCUGCCUUGUCGUGUGCGCGGCAACGUGCGUGCUCAGCAAGGUGCCCAUCGCCUGCUUUGCCAACUGCACCGUGUCGAGCUCCUGCUUCGGCAAGACUGUGAUGCGUGAUGUCCUUGUCCUUGGUUCUCACCGAUCACCGUGAUGCGUGAUGUCUGCUUAUCUGGCGCUUGAUCAGUUGGUCUCCGUGUGUGUGGGGGUGUGUGUUGUAUGCCUGUAUGUGUCAUUUCAAGUCUCAAAAAUAAGGGCCUCGGCGGCAGCAUGGAGGGACCUACACAUGUAUCAGUUCAUCAGCAGUGUAACACUGCCGGGGCAUACAUGGCUAAACUAAAAGAGUCUUUUUCAAUGUGAAAUC